AUGGCGGCCGCCGUGCCCGGCUACUCGCCGGGCUUCAAGAAGCCGCCGGCCACGCUGCGGCUGAAGCGCAAGCGGCCGCGGAGAAGCGAGCCCGCUGCCCCCCAGCCCUGCGGCGCGGCCCCGAGGGCCCCCUCGGCGUCCGUCCGCCGUAACCCCUUCUCCAGCCUGGACAACGCGCCGCGGCAGCCGGUCUGGCGGCAGCAGGAGCCGGCGCAGCCCGGGCGGGGGCCCGCCUCCACUGUGCCCUUCUGGCAGUUUUUAGAGUCUGCAGGAGAAGAUAAGCCGGCCCGGAACGUGGAGCUCUCACAGGGAACCGACGUCCCGGCGCUGCCCGAGGAUCUUCAUUCAUCUGUUCCUACCCCUGAUGUCCCCCCCUCACCGAGACACGAGUUUCCUGCAGACUGGAGUAUCAAAACACGACUUCUGUUUACGUCUUCUCAACCUUUCACUUGGGCAGAGCAUUUAAAAGCACAGGAGGAAGCUCAGGGGUUUGUUCAGCAUUGCAGAGCAGCAGAAAUAAACUUGCCACAGAGUGUACAGGAACCAAAACUGUCCACAGAACUGCGUUGUGCCUUUCAGCAGAGCCUUGUUUACUGGCUUCACCCAUCACUGUCGUGGCUGCAGCUGUUCCCUCGUAUUGGAGCAGACAGAAAGAUAGCAGGAAAAGCCUGUCCAUGGGCACAGGAUGAGGCCUUGCAACAAGCACUGAUGAGCGACUGGUCUGUCAGCUUUACUUCUCUGUACAAUCUGCUCAAAGCCAAGCUGUGCCCCUACUUCUAUGUGUGCACUUACCAGUUUACUGUCCUGUUCCGUGCAGCUGGUCUGGCGGGAAGUGAUGUUAUCACAGCAGUGAUUUCUCCCACCACCAGAGGUUUAAGGGAAGCCAUGAGAAAUGAAGGCAUAGAGUUUUCUCUACCUUUGGUAGAAGAAAGUAGAAGCAGAAAACAGAAAAACUCUGAAGGGAAUUUGGAAACAGAAGUUGCUCACGACCCUGAAGUGGGUAGAAGCCCUGAGAAUGGCGAGGAAGCUGCUUCAAGUGAUGAUGAUGAUGAUGGUUUCUCUUGGCUUGAGGAGAUGGGAGUCCAAGACAAGGUUAAAAAACCAGAUGCUGUUUCUAUUAAACUUCGUAAAGAGAAGCAUGAAGUGCAGGUGGAUCACAGACCCGAAUCCCUCGCAGUGGUGAAAGGAACAAACACGUUCACUUUAUUGAACUUCCUGAUAAACUGUAAGAGCCUGGUGGCUGUUGCAGGUCAACAGGCAGGGCUUCCUCCCACUCUACUGUCUCCUGUUGCUUUCCGAGGUGGAACAAUGCAAACGCUCAAAGCUCGUAGUAUGAACGCAAAAGCCAGGGUCCGCCUGGCAUAUGAAGAUAUCUUCAGUUUGGAGAUCGUAGGCCCUGUCCUGCCUCAUUCUCUCCACUUGCUGACCAUGCUGCUGCAGUCUGCACAGCAGGGAGCAUUUUCAGCAGUGCUGUAUACGCAUGAGCCAACGGCUGUGUUUAACGCUAAUCUCCAUAAUGCGAGCCCUGCCUUAAAGAAGGAAACCGUAAGUAAAGACCUGCUGAAGUGUGGGCUGCAUUCUAAAACUUUGGAUCAACUGAGUCAGGUGCCAACACUGGGAAAAUCUUCCCUCCGGUUUCUGGAAAUGAAGGACUCUGCAUAUGCCUGGAAGUCUUAGGUACGUGCUGUUUGGAGGAGGUGGAGCACAAAGCUCUCCAGGGUGAAGUUGCUGCGCUUCCUUCAGGCCUGCAGGGCAGCACCCAUGCUGUUACAGGAGCUAAGUAACCUCGUUGAACGUCACAGCCAACUCUUGCACAUCACAGCAAUAGAACACGGUGAGGGGUUUUCAGAGGAAGUUGAGGAAAAGGCCCUGGACAUCUCCUUUUGUAUUUUAGAAAGCAUUUUUAAAAAUAAAAUUUUAUAAAAUGGUCUGCUUCUGAUCUGAAUUCAGGGUGGAAGACCUGUA